AUGGCAUCUGGUACAUCAUCCUUGGAGAGUAAUGACAGCAAUGAGUCAAUACCCCACAGUUAUGUGAGUAACGAACGACACAACAGUACCCAAAUACCAACCGUACCAAUACCAAUCGAGUAUGAAGUCCUAACUGCAAACCAGUGCUACGACAAGCCGAGCUACACGGUGAAAGCUCACGGUGCUCACGUGAUGAGCGGACCGUACGAGCCAUGCGAGAUCAAUCAGCUACGGCGACAGCACACAGAGACAUCGAGGAGGUGCGAGCAUGUCAUGAAGGAGUUGGAAUAUGUACGUGGACAGCACAGAGCAGCCAUGAAUCAACUCGAGGUAUCGGCACAGGAGGCCAGUAGUCUACGCGGCAAAUGUAAUGAUCUGCUCAGCGAUAAACAGCGCUUGGAGCGCGAGGUGCAACACCUUCAACAGAACAGCACCGCUGAGGGAAGCCCUGAUGCCAUGGUGCACACACUUAGGAAGUACGAAACUCUUAAGGAUGAGUUCGAGUGUUACCGGAAAAUGUAUGAAGAUUUAAUAGAAAAACACAACACAACAUUUGAGAAACUUCAAAUAGUACAAGAGGAGAACAGCAGGUUGAAAGCACAAUGUCAUGAGCUGACACAGGAACGAAAUUCCAUAGUGCGCGAGCGCAACGCCCUGAAGCAGCAGGUGGGCAGCGUGCUGCGGCAGUGGGAGGGCGGGCUGCGGGAGCGAGCCGACAUGAAGCGCCUCACCGACGAACGCAACGCCGCCAUGGCAGAGUACACCCUCAUCAUGAGCGAGAGGGACACGGUGCACAAAGAGAUGGAGAAGCUGUCGGACGAGCGGCAGGCCGCGCUGAAGAGAGUCGCCGCGCUCGAGGCCGCGCUGCAGGCCUCCAGGGAGAAGGAGAGGGCGUCCGCCUUACAAGAGGAGAGCCUUCGUCGUGAGCUGGAGUCUGCUCUGGUGGACCGCGACCGCGCCAUCAAGGAGUGCACCGCACACAGGCAAGACAACUCUGCGUAUCACCACUUGGGGCUCUCAAGUGGUGUGGGUAACGACGGGUUUCUCAAUGGACAACACUCCAAUGACCCUUCAUUGGAUAAAUUCCAAGGUCUGGUGGGCAUGUCGGCUGAAGCAGCGGACAAAGAGCGCGCAGAAUCCCUCGAACAGAACAAUCCAGAAUUAGAGCGGCUAAGGAAACAAGUCGAUCGGCUUCAGGCUGAAUUGGCGGAUGCACAGUUAGAAGCAGAGGUAUCGAAACGAAGACGGGAUUGGGCUUUCUCAGAGAGAGAUAAAUUGUUGCAAGAGAGAGAAAGCGUAAAAGCAUUAUGUAAUAGGUUAAGAAAGGAGCGCGACCAGAUGGUGGGCGAACUGGCGGAGAGCAGGCGGCACGGAGGCAGCAGUCGACCGCCUGAUGCCGCCCUACAGCCCGCCAGGGACGCGCACCACGCAGAGCUCGCUCACCAGGAGUUCGAAUGGGACAUAAUCGAUGUGGAGUUGAAUUGCCUGGGAAAGGACGGAGAUCUCGGGUUCGAGUUAUCUGGAGGUCGAGACGAACCGUUCUAUCCCAAUGACAGCAGUGUAUACGUCACUUCUGUGAAGAAGGGAUCGCCUGUCGAAGGGAAAAUUAUGCCGCUGGACCGCGUGGCGCAGGUGUGCGGAGCGUCGCGGUGGGCGCGCGGGGCCGCCGCCGCCGCCGCGCUGCGGGCCGCACUCGGGCGCGGGCCCGCCGCCCUGCGGCUGCAGCGGGCCCGCGCCGCGCGCCGCACGCUGCGGCUGCGCGACGUGCGCGGCGUGCUGCUGACCCGCGGUAUCUUUGUCAGCAAAAUAACAAGCGACAGUGCUGCAGCAAAGGAGGGCAAUGUUUUCGUUGGCGAUCGAGUUGUUAGCAUAAAUUAUAGGUCGCUGGAGGGAGUGAAGAGCGUCUCGGAAGCGAUGGCCAUGCUCAACGAGUGCCAGUACGACGUGGUGCUCACCGUGCUGCGGCCGCUCUACCCGUGCUGCGACAACAGGGACAGGUUAUCUGUGUACGAUCACUCGUAUUCAGACGGGAAAAUGCUGAACAUGUGCCCCCAAAAUGAAGACACGUACUGUGAUUUCGUACAACCGCCCCAGGACACUAAGGUACAUAUAGAGCACGGUGUGCCAGAUUUUGAUCGACGCUACGUAUACCAUGUGGCAGCAGGCAGCCAGGGAAAGAUACACCAGGAGAGAGGGAAAUGGGACAUGAUUAGAGGGAAAAUUGAAGCUGUCACCGGCAGGAGCAAGUCGAAGGAUAAACAGAAUAAGGUACACGAGAGCGACGCUAUCGCGGAGCUGGACUCCAUUAUCGACAGUUAUCACGGGAAAACGAUCAAAGAAACUAGCAGUGUGCUAAAACGUUCGCGUAGAAAAAACAAAGAGUCUCAAAGCGAGGCAAAAAAUGGAGGCACCUGGCCUAAAGCGAGGGCAAAUUUUAAUCUAGAAGAUAACUCCACCGGAACUAUAGUUCAGCCGAGAUCUAGAAAAGAACGGCCGCCGUUAUCAGUCUUACUCAGUCCGCCAACAAAAUUGCCGCCCGAACCACAGCGGUCGAAUACUAACAGAAAUUCGAAUCCCAUACCGCUUGGUCACGCACCUUUAACUCAAGUGUCAGCACCGGCGCGACAUUCAAUGUACAAAUCUAUUGAAUCUUCUACAGUAGUCGAACAUUUUCCCAAACCUGCCCCUUUAACUAUCCAUAACCCUUUCGCUUCUCCCAACAGUAUGAAUUUCGAAAAAUCUCGAACGUUGGAAAAGGACAAAAUAUCCAUCAGUGAUUACUCAGAUCACGAUAUUAAUCCGAACCGCCUAAGUUUAGUGUUAAAUCCGUCAGAUGACUCGUUGGACUACCAACCAGUUACCCGCAGUCGGACGAAAAGUCCCCACUCUUUAGAUUUCACCGUAAACAAAGGACCCAGUUCUUUAGAAUUCGUUACGAGAAAAUCUCCCAGUUCCCUAGACCACUCUAUUAAAAAUCAUCCUGGUAAAGAUGCACUGGACCAGUAUUAUUCCUCAAAGAAAUCGUCUUCACCGAAAACUGUAAACAAAUACCCUUCAGACAGCGAUAGUUUUGGGCCAGACAGUUUAAACAGUAACCCAAAUUACCCAAUGACUGGGACAUUGCCAUCACAGUCGCGUCUUCAAUCUCAAUACUACAGAGGUCCGUUCGUUAAUUCGCAUCCUCACAAUUCUAGUCGUUAUCCGUACUUGGCGAGUCCAACGAAUAUCCCACAGAGCCAGUCAGGUGAGAGCAUAGGAACAUGUUAUGACAUGCAUUCAUUCACGUCCCAUACGCAUAAUAUGUCUGAUCUUCAGCCUGUGACUGGAGCGGCUCGCGGCGGUGACUAUCACCAUACAUACGAAGGUGGUACGUUUCCAAGGAAGAAAGAAAACCAAAGAUUUCGUGUCCCCUCUAACCCCAGUGUCACGUCUAAGAAUUCUGCCGGGAAGUUAAGUACGGGAUCUAUCGAGAGAAGUUCAGAACGAAAUUCACCAAUGCCGACAUUUCAUGUAGAAGUUCUUAGUCCUGGACAAGGUGCGAAGCAAUCAGCACAUAAAGGCACAAGGAACUCAAUGCCUGAAUAUUGCGGGAUGGGUUUAGGCAAGCCUCUGCCUGGAGAACUGAGGAGGGUACACAUAGAUAAGAGUCAGCAACCCCUCGGUAUCAAGAUACAAUGCCCUCAAAGCAGUGGGGGCGUAUUUGUAUCGACCGUGUACGAUAAUUCACUAGCUAGUCAAGUAGGGUUACAAGUCGGGGAUCAGUUAUUAGAAGUUUGUGGUAUCAACAUGCGAUCGGCGACUUACAAUCUCGCAGCGAGGGUAUUGCGGCAAAUCGGUAAUUCUAUAACUAUGUUGGUUCAAUACAGUCCAGAUAAAUAUAAGGAUGAGGUUGAGGUGGUCGGGAGUUCGUCUUCGCCAGAAAGUUCCCACGACGAUGACGUUUCAUUAUCGGGGUCUCCGACGCCGAGAAAUUCUCCAGGGCCGCAACAGUCUAUUCGAAUGGAGACGCCUUCAAGUGAGGUCGCUACACUGAGGCAGUCCGGGAACAAAGAUCUGCCGAGGUUUCUUCUCAUAGAAAUGCGGAACUGUUCUGAUUUGGGCAUCAGUUUGGUGGGUGGCAAUGCAGUGGGUAUAUUUGUGCAUAGUGUACGCAUAGACUCUCCGGCGUAUAUCGCUGGGUUACGAACCGGUGAUCAGAUCUUGGAAUAUAAUAAUGUGGAUCUCAGGCAUGCUACGGCGGAACAAGCCGCCCUGGAGUUAGCGAAGCCAGCUGAUAAGGUGAGCGUGCUGGUUCGCCACGACCUCCAGCAAUACCACGACAUAAAAGACAAGCCCGGGGACGCGUUCUACAUCCGCGCGGGGUUCGACCGCUGCACGAAGUUCACGUCCAACGGCAUGGACUCGCUGGACGAGUGCUCGCUGUGGUUCCGCAAGGACGAGGUGCUGUUCGUGGACAACACGCUCUACAACGGGGCGCCCGGACUCUGGCGCGCCUGGCAGCUCGACUGCAAGGGCGUCAAGCGGCAGUGGGGGACCAUACCCAGUAAAUUCAAAGUGGAAGAGAUUCUGCGACGGUCAAUGGGUCCUUUGGAGCCGGAAGGUCGUCGUGCGCUGACGACGGCCCGGCGCUCGUUCUUCCGCCGCAAGAAGCACCGCGACAGCAAGGAGCUGGCGUCCUUCUCCAACACCGAGCUGGGCUGCUGGAGCGACUCUGGGACGCUCGCUGAUGAUUUGCCAGUUCUUUCCUACCAGCGUGUCGAGAGGUUACCACACGGCAGCCAGCGUCCGGUGGUGGUGCUGGGUCCGCUGCGUGAGUGCGUGACCAGCAAGCUGGUGUCGGACUGGUCGCACGUGUUCGUUCACGCACGACCGGACGCCGUGCCACUGCAGGCGCUGCGGGACCGUGCGGACAAGGGUAUCCACUGUAUCCUUGACAUCCCGGUGGCCACAAUAGAGAAAUUACACAAGCAGCAAAUAUACCCCAUAGUCCUUUUUAUAAAGUUCAAAUCUUUCAAACAAAUCAAAGAAAUGAAGGACUCGCGGUAUCCUACUGAGAAAGUAUCCGCAAAAGCUGCCAAGGAGAUGUACGAACAUGGACUGAAGGUGGAGAAUGAAUAUAGGAAUUAUAUAUCGGCUGAAAUACCAGCGGGUGUAAACAUCGCGUACAUCUGCACGCUAAUCAAAGAGGCUGUGAAAGAGGAGCAGAACAAGACGCUGUGGGUGCCGUCCGUACAGGCCUGACCUUUGCCCCCCACC